AUGGAUUUGGAUGAAGAUGUUUUAUUUCUUGGAAACAUUCCCGAGAGCUUCAACAACGAGCUUCUAAUAGAGAUGCUGAGUGUUUUUGGAGAGAUUAAGGAGUUCAAGCGUGGUAAGGAUCUAGAAGGGACAGACUCAAAGUGGGUGAUUGUAAGUUACUAUGAGAAAUCAUCGAUCAGCAAUCUCUAUUGCAGCCUGCUGAACAGAGACCUGGGACAGGGAAUGGUGGUUGUUUUCCCGCAAAAAAAGGAAUUACAAGCUUGGGAGGUCUCGGACGAGAUACUCGGAAGAGUUGACGACAUUGCAAAAAGAUAUAAAGAGAGACUCAAGAAAGAGGAUUGCUUAGAGAAGUUUGUUUCCAGCUAUGAUUUGUUGUAUGGUAGUACAGGAGAUGGGCAAGUGUUUUCUGAAGCACUGUCAAAGUGGCUGGAUGAAGAAUCGGAAAUACGCAGAAGAUGCAGAAAGGCCGAGAAUGACUUUGAAAGAACUGCAGAAAGGAAACGACAGGAAGAAUAUUAUUAUCUAUCAACUUAUGACGAUGACAGAUCUAAUGAUUUAUUUUAUACUGAUAGAGUUUCUUGGGCACUUAAAAGAAAUAAAGAUGAUGUUAAAUAA